AUGGGCAACUUGUCGUUCCUCAUCACGGACCUCAUAAUUUUCACUUUGCAGUUUACAUGCAUUAUAUCCAAUGGAUUUGUCCUUUUCUUGUAUCUCAGAGUGAAACGGCUCCGGAAAAAUCUUGCCUUGCGAAUGAUAGUGUUUCUCUCUAUCACCGACACGAUGCUUGCAGUUACUGCACUUCCAUAUAUAAUAUAUCUCAUUGUUACGUGGAAUGACACCUUUAUACUGCUUAAUCCCUAUAUGAUUAUGAUAUCCAGCACACCUUUGACUAUACAGCUCAAAAUCAAUCUAACACUAACGAUAGCAAUCGCUUUGGAUAGAACCAUUGCUCUAUACUUCACAGUAAUUUAUCGCAGGAUGUCUUCAGCAGUAUAUGCAAAUACUGCUUUACUGAUUGGAAUAUUUCUGGCUAUAUGCGACGUAACCGCUGAAUUUGUCCUUUCCCCGAUCUUACCAAGACCUAACUGUGCUGCUAUAGGUUGUUUUGUCAGCGAUCGAUUUCGCUAUUACUGGGGAACAAGCAAUAUGGUCCUUGGCUUUUUCGUGAUCAUUCUCACAAUGGCUAUGUUGGCAAAGCUACGCUAUAUCCAAAAACAUUCCGAAUCUGAAAAAGCUCUUGUAUCCACAAGUAAUAGUAGCACAAGUAGAUUCAGACAAGCUAAUCGCAGCUCGCUUGGUAUCCUGUUAACCUCACUACUCUUUGUGACUCUACCUAGCGUUGGCGUUGGUUUUGUUGAAAUGAUCGGCUUUUCUAUUUUCAAAACUGUAGGCCCAUUUUACAUACUAGGGCUGUUGGCAGCAGGUACUUGCAACUCCAUAGUAUACGUCGCAUUGAACCGAGAUAUGCGAGAGCUGGCCAAGAACUGCAUUUUGAAAAGAUCAUUUUCUACAGCUACUGUUAGUGUCGAACCUACCACAAAAAUAUCAACAAAGGUGGUUUCAACUGUGAUGAAGAACUGACUCUAAGAACCUGCAAAAAUUUGGUUGUUAGCU